AUGGCAAAGGCAUCUGGAACUUCUAUAAAGGAUCAUCCAGUAAUUGAUCAAUUGGUAAAGAUUAGAGUCAUGUUGGAAAAGAUUCAACCGUUGGAUCAAAAGUUACAAUACCAAAUUGAAAAAUUACUCAAGACUGCCCAAACUGGCAAAUUAUCCAUCAACGACAAGAACGACCCGCUAUCCUUUAAGCCAGACCUUGGGUCGAUGGGCGACAACCAAGAAGGUGACGAAGACGACGAGGACACUCGUUUGAUGAACAAGGCCGGUCUCUACCAAGCCCCACGUAUCUCUGGCAACCGUUUGGUCAGAGGUGGCGACUAUGAAGAAGGCGAGGAUGUUAGAAAGCAAAAGAGAGAGAGAAAGAACAAAGAAAAGGCUGUUCGUAGUUCCAUGGCCCAACUCAUCGAAGAGGAAUACGGUGAUGCUCCAGAGGAAUUGGCCGACGAAAUGGACGAAAUGGAAAAGGAAGACGACGCAGAGCGUGAACAAAGAGAAUACGAAGAAGAAAACCUCGUCCGUCUUUCCCAAUCGAAAAAAGACCUCAAAAAGAAAAAGCCAAAGAAACUUUCCGAUGGUUUGGACGAUAUUGGUGACUUUGGUGACUUGGCCUCGAUCACUGCCAACGUUGGUGACAAUGAUGACGCCAAGGAGGGCAAGGAGUACUUGAAGCGCAAGAGAAUGGAACAAAUGAUGGCUCAAUUGGGCAAGACCAAGCGUUCAAAGGGCGACGAAGAGGUCGAGUUGAUCGACAAGGUCAAGAAACCAAAACGUAUCUUGCCACCAAAGGCAGAGGACGACGACAUCCCACUCGAGGACGACGAACCAGAGUAUGACGGUAUCCCAAGAAGCGAAGCACAAUACUAUACCGAAGACACUGAUGUUGCCGGUGGCAAGCGUCACAUUGACUACAAGAUGGAGAAGAAUCGUGGUCUUACCCGUAUCAGAAAUCCAGAAAAGAGUCACUCUCGUAUCAAAUACAAAUACCAAUACAAUGCUGCCAUCAAAAAGGUCAAUGCUAGCAGAUCAAAGGCUCAACACCAAGGUACCAAUUACAAGGGUACCAGAAGUGUUAAUCCAAAUGCUAUUAGAUCUACUCCAUAUUUACAUUAA